GGCGGGCACUCCCCCGCCAAGUUGGCAUCGUCGGCUCGGUGUCGGACGACACGCGAAAUGCGGACGCUCCAGCUGCGAAAAUGCCCUCUCGUUUUCUGUUUCUUCGCCCUCUGUCUCGCCCAAGCACUCGACGAUCGUGCCGAGCAGAUCAAACGCAUAAAAGCUAACAUCCUGAAUGCCGGCAAGUACCGGAGGACUGCGAGGCCACAGACUAGCGUGAACGAAACGACCGUUGUUUCAUUCGAUUUGAAGCCCGUCAGUGUCCCCGCUCUGACACCAAGGCGCCGUCACCUGUUCCUGAACGCAUUCAUUUGCCUGUCAUGGAAAGACAAGCGCCUCGGCUGGGACCCGGACAAGUACGGUGGCGUGGACAGCGUCUUCGUGAACUCGAGCGAGAUAUGGACGCCGUCAAUUAUCCACAUGUCACCGUUAGACUUGCGUGGAACCAGAGAUGCCAUGGUAUCGCUCACCAGUUCGGGAGAGACUAAGUGGUGCCCCCUCUUCUCCAUCAGCGGGGUAUGCGAGACGGACAUGAGCGACUUCCCGUUCGACCGGCACAAGUGCGGCAUCGCCUUCACCAACGCCAUUUCCCAGGAGAAGCAAGUCAACCUUACGCUGGCUGGUCAGCCGACGCUUCCUGAACAGGAACAUUCAGAAUUCAGAGUUCUCUCCAUAGUGGGUAAGAGGUCGUUGCUGAGCUUCAACAUGGGCGAGUACGAGUAUCCGGAGAUAUCGUUCCACGUCCUGCUGGAGAGGCGCACGUCACUGCACCUGUUCACCGUCCUGGUGCCCACCGUCGCCGUGGUGCUGCUCUCGCUGCUGGUCUUCUGGCUUCCGCCCGAGUCGGAGCGCAAGCUCACCCUCAUUGGAGCCGCCCUGCUGACGUCGCUGCUUCUGCUGUACCGAACGGAUGACAUCCUCUCGGGAUCGAGCCACGUGCCUAGGAUAGUCAAAGUUCUUGGAGGUGGGGUGUUGAUGAACGCCCUCAUCGCGCUCAGCACCAUUCUCAGCACGAACAUGGCCCGGAGUCCGCCGUCCUGCGCUCUGCCGGUGUUCCUCGUCAAGUUCUCUGAGUUCGUGGUGCACCGGCUGCCCUGUCCCUGUCCCGCAGGCCGAUCUGGCGUUGGCGAUGACGACGGCGGCGUGCAGAACAAGUCGUACAACAACGCCGUGGCCCGCGAGUGGUACACGGCGGCUCGCGCUCUGGACCGGGUCCUCGUCCUCGUCUUCACGGCUGCUUAUGUCGUACUCUGCCUGUGACGCUCCCGUGUACUAUCAGUAUAACUUGAAACGCUAGCAAGCCGA